AUGUCGGACGAAGAAUCAUGGAACGACGGAAAUGCCACGGGCGGGACGGAGUCUGGGAGCCUCAUCUCGGACGUUCUUCAAAGUCUGUCCGAUCCAGAAGUUCCCGCGCGUUUGAUAGACCUUCCAUAUGCACCAACUACGCGAGUCGUUGAAGAGGAUGACGAAUCUGUGACCAAGUACGCGGACCUGUGUUCUCAGUUUCUGCGACUCGACGAGGAAGAGGACCUUAGCAUUGGCGCAAGAACCGUCGAUCAUGGGGCACUGUUUAUGAAAGAUCGUCCUCCCGGCGUCGAGUUGCCACGUCAACCUCUCGAAUACGCUUGUGAGCACGCCAGCUGUUCUGCAAAUCUUUAUAAGGCGGAUGAAGAUGGACUGUACCGAUCGGGGAGCAACGGCAUUGGCACAUGUAGAAAUGAAACCUCUGAAGCUGUCCAGUUUGACGCGUGGGAAGUUGACGAGGCAGGAAGUGUGGAUGUCUUUGAGCUGUAUGGCACUGAUAUUUUUUAUUUUGAUGAGGUUCCUCUCUCAGAUGCGAACACUGAAGAACUCCGAGACGUCCCUCCUUCUCCGGGUUUGUCUGAGGCGAGCGUGGACGGAACCGGUCGUUAUUUUACGAUGAGUAAAGGGAAAUGCAAGGAGGGAACGGACUGCGCAGACCCUCCUCCGAUGAGAGGCGGCCUUCAUUCUACGAAAAGUGGAGGGAAGUGGAAAGGGGAAGCGGACCUUGAAGAUCCUCCUCUAGAAGACGACGAAGAGCCUAUUGAGCGCCCGAUCGCAGAGACCAACUCCGAAUGGGUAAAGCACAACACUCCGCUUUUAGAGGAGUACGCUAAGCAGCAAAUAAAUCCGCCUCUGGGGAAGCGAGUUGACGUGGAGCUUGGCGACGCGACUCAAUUCGUGUUGGGUAUGUUCCAAAUGCCUGCGAACCGUGGCGGGAUCAAGGAAAAAGGCAAGAAGGGGAGGCCGAACUUGAAAAAGCAAGAUCUAGCGGAGGCGGAGAAUGUGUUGCUAGAUGGAUUUGUUGAUAUUCAAAAGUGGGCCGAUGAGUAUUUGAGAGUUCGGUUUGGGCAGGAGUCUACUGUGAUUGGGGCCUUGGUACCGACGCUUCUUACCAUGAUAGUUAAUAGCUUUUACGAAGCCCAGAUGGUUUUACUGGAUAAUAUUGUUUCGAAAGCUCUUGAGCUAAAGAACGAUAGGCUGGGCUCAUCUUUGGAGGUGUCCGAUUUUGCUUUUGGGUUCGAUUUUAAAAUGACCCAGGAGUUACCUUUCUUGGCCGAAGCGAGCUGUCGCGUUAGAGAGACCCCAGUGGACAAAGCGGCAGAAAUACUAGCAGUCACUGCAUCUAUUAAUGCGGUGACAGAAAAAACAGCUGAGGUUUCACAGAGGAGUUCGAGGGGUCGGGGCACCGGUCACAGGGGACGCGGCAUUCAAGUUGGUUCCAGGGGAAAUGUCACCAGUUCCAGAGGGCGCCCCAUCAGACCUCGGAAAUUAGCAGAUUCUGACGCGGAUGAAGGUGAAGUCGUAGUCACGCCCAUUCCCUCUGUCCCCGUACAGAGGAAAAAACAACCCGCACGGAGAGCUCCCAAUAAAGCGCCCAUGAAGGCUAGUCCAGAGUCCGAAGUCGACGUGGAGUCACUUCCGUUAGACCAUUCCGAAAUCCAAUCAGGAACGGAGACUAUGCUGAACUCGCCCGCGGAUACUUUGAUUGCAUUGGAUGGUUUCGACGAUGUUGAAAGUUUAUUCAAAGUGGCUGGUGGAUCAUCUACACCUCUUGACUCUGCCAAAACCUCAACGUCUGGUGGCUCAGUAGAGAAGUCGUCAAUUCCGCCUCCCACUACGCAUUUAUACCGCAGAUACGAUACGCGUCCAGUCGCUCGCGUGGCGUCAUCUGGUGCUCCUCGAUUAACCGUGCGCAUCCCAAGGCUGAGCUCGAAGCUGUCCGUGAGCGCGGCGAGGCUUAGCCCACUCGGCCAACUCUGCGUCAAUGCUAUCCCGGACCCUGAAGAGCCCAGUGGUGCAACCGUGCCUUCCAUCUCGGAUACUGGUCGCGCUCGAAAAAAGAGGAAGAGGGAUGAAUAA